AUGGCUCCAUCCUUAUCAAAACUAAAAAUCAGGACCAUGAGGUUGGAGGAGACUCUGCUUCACUCAGAUGGCAGCUCAGGCGUGGUUAGCCUGACACUUCAAGGCGAUGAAGAAGGAUCCAGAGCUACUCUCCUUCCCAUCUCCACUCGAAUUUGUCAGAUCAUCACUCGCAACCUAACCGAGCAGCCAGCUGGUGAGAGCCUAGAGGUUAGCAAGCUGGAGGGAAGCGGUGCCCUGAGGGAGCAUUCUUCUCCCAGCCAGAAGGACGGCGAUCAGCCGCUGGUCAAACAAACCAGUCUCACAGAGAGGGCUGACCUGGACUCUGCUGAGCGUCAGAAGAAUGAGGAUCAGGAUCUUCACCUCACUAUCCAGAAACGUUCUGCUCAGCUGCAGGAGGAGCGAAGCCGGACUGCCAGGCUAAGCCAAGUGAACUCUUUGCUGCGGGAACAACUGGACCAGGUCGACACUGUCAAUAAGGGCCUGACAGAGAGCUUAUGGAAGGCCCGCAAAGAUGCUGAGUGGGUUGAUAAUCGCCUGCGCAGAGAGCAAGAGACGUACGCCUCCCGGUUGAAUCGUGAGCAGGCUCGCGUCAGGGCACUGUGGCGCCAGGCCGCCUCUCUGCGGAGCACUUUCACCCACCUAAAGACUUUCACUGACAGAACUCUGUCCGAUAUGCGAGGUGAGUGUGCUGCUGUUUGUCAGCUGCUGCAUGUUGCAUGUAAGAGCUUAGAGACCAGGGAAGCAGCAAAGAACCGUUGCUGUGGGUCGGAAACAUCAGCGCUUGGGAUGGAGCUGAAAAAGAAGCUGAAGGAGACCAUGGAGCUCCAGGUUCUCUGGGAUGGAGAGAAAUCUGAACUCAACUCAAGAAUCUUGGAGCUGACUGACACCUUGAACCGCAUCCAGAAACAGAACAGUGAGAGUGACACAAGCCUCAGCACCAAGCAAAUCAGUCUGGAGGAGAUGGAGACGAUGAGAGCAGAAGACAUGACGGAGGUGGUCCUUCUCCGGACAGAAGUCCAAACCCUUCAAACCAUUCUAUACCAAAUUCAUGAGAUGGUUUGCAGUGAGGAUGAGAAAUCGACCACUGAAAAUAUGUCAGCCUCACCUCUCCAUGCCAAGUUUCCAUCAAAGACCGACACCCUUAUAGCUGUGCAGAAUGUGCUGUCCAAACAUCAUAAAGAAUCACAGGAGAUUCAUGGUCGUUUGAAGGCUGCUCUGGAGCAAGUGGAUACAUUUAAAGAUCAGCUUCAUGAGCAGAAUACCCAGAGGGCAGAAUUGGAGCAGAAGAUCCAGGAAAUGCAGAGAGACCACCAGGAGGCUCAGAAAGCUCUGGAGGAAAGCCUGGAAGAAAACAGCAGAAGUCGCUGCACGCUGGAGCUCAUCUCUAAUGAGAAAGGGAGCCUGGAGAAGCUGCUGUCUGGGCUCCAGCAGGAGGUGGACUCCCAGCGAGCUGAGCUGGAUGUACUGAGAAGUUCGUCACUGGACCUCCAGAGACAGCGAGACCUCCUGAGGCAGCAGAAGGAGGGCUUGGAAGUGCAGCUGUCACGCCAGCACACGGAAGCCAGCAGAGGAGAAAAGGAUUUACAGGAACUUGGACGAAAGUACUCUGAUCUGCGGAGGGAACUUAUAACAGUGAAGGAAUCUCUGGAUCAAAUCACUCUGCAGAAAGAGAUGCUGGAGGAUGACAAAGCUAGCCUUUCUUUGGCUCUAGAUAAGAUGGAGCGUCAUAGCGCUGCACGGGACAGUCUUCUCAUCAAACUGCAGAGUCAGCAUGCUACCCUGAGAGAUUCCCUCAUUAAAAUGGCUGCCCUUAGUGAAGGUUUAGCCAAAGACAAAGUGGAGCUCAACCGCAUUGUACUUCAGACAGAAGGUGAGAAAACGGAGCUCAGUGAACGUAGAUGUGAAGCUGAAGGGAAGCGAGCAGCAGCCAGGGAGGACGCAGCACGGGCACAAAAGGAGAUGAUGAACUUGCUCGCUGAAAAACAAGCCUUUGAAAGCUCCCACGUUCAGCUGCAAUAUCUCUGCCAGAAGCUCGAAGCAGAACUGAGCCUCCUGCACAGGGAGAGAGCCGAGGCCCUGGAGAAGCAAUCAGAGGUCAAGAGGCAGAUGCAGACUCUACAAGAGGAGCUGUGUGCAUGCAGGAAGGAGUUAGAUGAAAAAACUACCGCUGUCAGGAGAACUGCUCAAGAUAGGGAGGAGAUCGCCAAGGACAAGGCUGCUCUAGAAGUGAAACUAAACUCUGCUGACCGAAAAGCCUGUAGCCUCAAGCAGGAGCUCAUAGCACUGAGAGCGGAGAAGAACUCCCUGGAGACAGCUAUAUUUGAGAGCCAGGAGCUUUCUGCAUCCCUGGAGGCCGAGCUCACCAGGUUGGAGGGCGAAAGAUACAGCUUGAAUCUAGCUAACGAGGCCUUGACGCGUGAGGCGGCUCAGAUGCGUGUAGAUGCUGAAAAACAGUUACAACAAGCUGCAAAACAACGAGGAGUGUGGGAAGAAAAACUGGCCGAGGCAGAAAGAAAUGCCCUCUUGAUGCUGAACAAGAAAGAGCAAAGUCACAGAGAGCAGCUGGAAGCUGAACAGAAGCGUAUGGAGCAGCAGUUUGCAGAAUUCACAGUCCAACAGCAGCAGAUCGAAGAGCAGCUGCGCACACAGUGCGAGGAGCUGCGUGUGCACAACCAGAGCUCGAUGCAGCAGAUGCAAGAUGAGCUGGCAAAGCUGCAGAAGGAGUUCAGCCAAAGCCUCCUACAGGCUGAAAGUGACAAGCAACAGGCUUUGUUCCAGCAAGAAGCAGAUAAAGCUGCCCUUACAGAAAAAAUAGCAUCCCUACAACAAGAUCUGGAAAUGGAGCGAAUGCAGAAGGAAGCCCUCAGCAAACAACAUCCAGACAAGAAUGCAGUAAUUAUGAAAUGUGAGCUGGAAGCCUUACAAUCAAAGUUUGAAGAAUCCCUGGCAUCUCAUCAGAGCUCCAGGAUGAGUCUCAUGGAGCAAAUCAGAGAACUGAGCCAACAAAAAGCAAAAGCAAAACAAGAGUUAGAGGGUCUUCGCCGUCAGCUGCAGGAGACGGAGGAUAAUCUCCUGAAAGGACAGAAAGAUCUGAUGGAGGCUCACAAUGAGCUUCAAGGCUGUGUGGAAGAACGAGACAAGCUACGCAAAGAGGCACUGGAACUGAGGCGAACUCUGUCCGAAGAAACCAGAGAGAAAGAGGCCAUCCUGGUUUCUAACCAGGAUCUCAGAGCUUUCAUCAAAAGAGCAGAGAGAGACAAUAACAGCUUGAAACGAGCGUUGGAGGAGGAGGAACGUAAUAAGUCCAUCUUGGAAGAAUGUAAGAGCUCAACGCACGAGGAAGCAGCCACUCUAAGGAGAACCAUAAGGGAGCUGGAGAAGACUCAUCUACAGGCACGCAGAGAGCUGCAAGAGCUACGUAGGCAGAUAAAGGUCCUUGAAAACAAGAAUAAACAACAGAACCAGGAACUGCUGGAGCUGCAGGACCAAGUAUGUCAGGAAGAGCAGAGGAAAGAGGAGGCACGGCGGGAGGCCUCUGCUCUCAGUCAGAGAAUGCUGGAGUGUGAGGCUGCCAAACAGGCAGCUCUCAGUGAGGUUUCAUGUAUGCAGCGACGUAUAAGGGAACUGGAAACGGCUGAACAGCAAAGCCAAAGGCUGCUGCAUGAAAAAGAAGCCUAUCAGCAGCAGAGUGACCAGAGCCAUAGAGAAACCGCAGCUCAACUUGAGGAAAUACUGGAGGACUAUAAGGACCAAAUCAAAGAACUUUCUGUAAAGCUAGUUCUGGCAGAAAACAGAGCCCAAAGCCUGGAGGAGCAGCUAAAUGUGAGCAAAGCUAAAUGUUGUGACUUGGAGCACCAACUGGCAGCGCUGUAUGCGGUUCUGCGCUGCACCAGGCUCUGUGACACACGGGAGUCCACACAAGCGUCUCCCUCAAGGAGACACUUCCAUGUGAAAGGUGGGGAGUAUGGAACAGAGGAAUCUGGAAUAUUCUCACUCAAUUCUGAAGAUGGAGACUUAAAUAUUAAAUCUAUACAAACAUCUCUACAGGAGUUCAUGAAAGAACUCAGAGAUGCUCAAAGAGAGAGGGAUGAAGCCCAGGCUCAGAUAGUCCGUUUGAAACAACAUGUGACUGAACUAAAAGCUUCUCAGGAGAAGUCCCUCAACCAGAUGCAGGAGCUGCAGAGCUCCUUGAGGCUUUCAGAGGAGGGAAAACAGGAAAUCUCAAAGCAGCUGCAAAAGGUACAGACUUCCCUGGCCCUGCAGCAGGACGUAACACAGUGUAAAGAGAAGGAGAGCAGAAACCUGGAGGCCCAGUUGGCUCAGCUCAAGACCACUUUGCAAGCUACUCAGACUAUGUCCAGGUCAUUGCAGGAUAAGUUGGAGGUCUUGCAGGGCUCAGAGAUGUGCGCAAAUACAGAAAACCAGAAGCUCAAAAAGUCUUUGGAGGCAGCAGAAAGCAGAGUAAGCCACCUGGAGAUUUCUCAAUGCGCCCUUCAGGGUGAGCUACAGAGGGCCCACCUCAGGGUGGCAGAGCUGGACGCAGAGGCCGGAGGUCUUCAGGAAAGACUCACAGAUACCAGGAAAAAACUGUGUGAGAGUGAAGAUCGAUGUGCAGCGCUAAGGGUCAGUGAGGAGAAGCUGACCGUGUCACUGGCUAGAGCUGAGCAGCAUGAGAAUGUGCUGAGAGAGCAGGUUCACACGCUUUCAAAUACCGCAAGUCUGAACAGGAAGAACGCUGAAGGUCUGCAGGAGCAAGUUACAGAGCUGCAAGGGGCUCUGACUGCUAGUGAAGCGGACCGAAGGCUGCUGCAGGAGCAUUUGGAUAAAACACGGGAUGCACUUUCAGAGAGUAAGAGGCUGAACUAUUCACUCACCAAGCAGACCCAGAACCUUAACUCAGCUCAGGAGGAUUCAUAUGUUAGAAUUUCUGAGCUGGAGAAAAGUAACAGAACCCUGCAGGAGAGUCUGAAGCAACAGGAGGAGAGUCAGAUGCAAGCUUCCAUCCGAAUUGAGAAAGAGAAGAAGGAACUCCAGGAAAAGCUCAGUAACCUGCAGAGCUCUUUGCAAACCCUUCAGAAUGAGAAAGCUAAGAUGGAGAAGGUGCUGACGAACCUUAGUAAGAACAAGUCUGCUCUCAGAAAGACACUAGAGAAGGUGGAGAUGGAAAGACUCAGGAAGGAAGAUGAGGUGAUAUCCGUCACCCGGGAGAAAGCAAAGCUGGAGGAGACCCUCCACAGCUUGAAGAAAGAGCUGAGUGAGGAGCAGCGAGUAGUUCAGACUCUCCAGGUCCAACUGUCAGAGCUGGAGCGCGCUCAUGCACAGCACCUCCUGGAGGUGACAGCCCAUCAUCACAGGGAGCUGAGUGCAGAGACGGAGCAUCUGAGGGAGGGUCAGCUCCAGGUAGAGCUGGCCUUGGAGACCAGAGAAAUGGCACAUCGCCAGAGGGUCAGAUGCCUUGAGGAACAGGUACUGACUCUGAAAGAGCAGCUUGAUCAAGAGACAAGACGGCGUCAGGAAUAUUUCAUUCAGAUGCUACAACCCGGUGUGUAGGCAGUGAAGUAUGUGGCGCCUCUGCGUUCCUCCUUCACUGCCCCCCCCUGGCAGCCCCCCAACAACUUCAUGUGUCAAGCCGCAGCCGUAUUUGGAAGAACACAAACACACUCCCCAAGGCGUCCGCAGCCACCCCUGCAGCACAUGUGGUCUCAGGAUUACAGUAAUCUACCAGAAAGCUCAACAACAACAAACAAUAAGCAUGUUGUUUAUAAAUGAACUGGAUGUGCCAAAUUGUUGGUAGGAUUAGAUUUUUUUUUUCUGUAGCUUGGAGAACUUUAUCUGUCUAAUUAUGCCAUCAUGAUUGUGAUGCAACCUUUUAUUAUUUUAUACACAUUUGUUGUACCCUUUUCUUCAUACAUUUGAUCAAUUACCUCAUAUUUAAUAUAAGAACUUUAUUUGAUAAUGCUUCGGAAAAACCACAGGGAAUUGUUUUGUUUUGCAUGGUGAUUUUUAUCAGGAAAAUAUUGUAUCAUGCUGUAACUGCUUAUUACUAAAAUGUUAGAAAGUUCUGAUCGUUUUCGGUCAGACUAUAUCAGCCAUAUUUGUUUUUAUGGUGUGUUUCAGCAAA